GAGUGAAUUUUUUCAAUAAUUUAUUCGUCGACAUGGGCAUUUACGGACUGGUGUUCUUGGCACUGAUCGCUACAACAACCGCUGCCCCGUGGCGCUGCUACCGGACCAACGAUGGGGGCACCGUCUGCUUGGGGGAUCUGGGACAGCCCUGUAUUGCCCCACCCUCCAUCAACAUAGGCAGAACUUGCCCGCCAUGCACGGGCCCGGCGACUAUAUACACACCCCCCGCUUGUCCACCCCCCUGUCCUCCCCCCUGUCCACCCCCCUGUCCACCACCGUGUCCAUGUUAUUAGAUUCGACGCAUCGAGUUUAUAAAAUUUGACUGUUUUGACUUAUCUUUUGGCUAAAUUCGAUUCGGCGCAUUUUGAAUUGUUUCGGGCAAUUUUUGGAAAUUGUUUGCGCAUGUUUUGGCAAUUUUAAAUUUAUGUUCGGUUUGUGUAAUAAAGAUAAUGGGUAACGAA